CUUGCAGAGAAACUUCCAAUGGCGACGCGUUGAACGCCGUACCAUUCCAGUCUCAGGCAUGAGAAACACGGAGAAGGAAUCGAUCGCUUCUUCGUCGUCGUCUUCUUCGUCUUCUUCUAAUCUGACGAUGGAAUUCUGAAUAAAUAUAGUCGAGGAGUCGAGGGCAACCGCAGCUUCAGUUCUUUCCCUCUCACCUACCUCAUCACCCACCGCUUCGGCGGUUCCCCAGCAAAAGCAAAGAAAGAACACCACCCCACGUCGCCACCUCGCCUCUCCUACUCCAUCACCUCCCAUGGCUGACUACAACCGCUACGGCCACGGCUACGCCACCCAGGGAUCUGCCGGCUACGGCCAGGCGCCCACGCCCACACCCUCCGCUCCUCCCUUAUCUUACUCCUCCUCGUCCUACGGCUACAGCCAAGGCGGCUACCCGUCCUCCUACCCGCCGCCGCAGAUGUCCGGGGGAUUCGGCUUCGGCUUCGGCGGCGUCGUCGUCACGUUCCCGCCGGGAACGCACCCGGACGUGGAGCGCGCCUUCCGGGCCGCCGACCGUGACGGCAGCGGCGCCAUCGACGAGCUCGAGCUACAGGGCGCGCUCUCCUCGGCGUACCACCGAUUCAGCAUCCGCACCGUCCGCCUCCUCAUGUUCCUCUUCAACAACCCCGCCUCUUCGUCUCCGUCACGGAUGGGGCCAGCAGAGUUUGUGUCACUCUGGAAUUGCCUUGGACAAUGGCGGGAUAUUUUUGACAGAUACGAUAGGGACCGGAGUGGAAGAAUUGACUCCCAUGAGUUGACAGAAGCGCUCCGCAGCCUUGGAUAUGCCGUUCCACCUUCUGUUAUCGAGCUCCUUAUAGCGAACUACAACAAUGGUGUGUCCAGCAACGGCGCGCUAGACUUUGACAACUUUGUGGAGUGUGGGAUGAUCGUGAAGGGUUUAACGGAAAAAUUCAAGGAGAAGGAUACCCGCUACACGGGUUCAGCAACUCUUACAUACGAUGGAUUCUUGUCAAUGGUCAUCCCCUUCAUCGUCCCUUAGCGUCUUUGGUUUUCUUUAGACCAAUCAAGCUGUAUAUAUGUAACUUUCUAGUUAUGAUUAUAGUGGAAGUGUUCUCCCCUAGUUUGUGUGAAUGGAUAGAUUUGUAACCAGUGAGUGUUGUUAUGUCAGUAUUUCCCCCUUGGCCUUUCUUGCACAUAGACCUUCGUGUUGUACAUAACUCUGAAGGAUACUUUCGUUUUGUGUCGGCUUGCUAGACCUACCAAGUGUGCGCUGAUCAUCAGGUAACAAUUCCUUGAAGGCACGUUGGGGAACAGAUUUC